CAAGGCCGCCACCUGCAGCUAGGUGUGCAGGCGACUGCUCAUGCGGAUCCGGGGGUGAGUUGACUGAUGCUCCGGUCUCCAGCAAAUUAUUGAGGCCAUCAUCCUGCAGGAAGAGAACAUACUGUCGCUGUCCUGUCCUGCCUGAGCCCUCUCUGAACUGAAAUCCACCCUCGGCCACGAAAAUACCAAAAACCAUAACACAGGGUUGAUUUGGUAACCCAGCGGUUCAGUCAUUGUCACCCUUUGCUUGAGCGCCUUUAAAACGGACCUCUCCGAAGUAAGAUUUAGCCUGCGGGACUUAAAGGAGCGGGAGUCUCACCUCCAGGUUGCAAUUAAGCAACAGCAUCGCCCACUUAAAGCAGAAGACAAGAGUUCCCGGGAGCGCAGAGAGACUGCGCUAGCUGCACACUGGCAGGAUCCACGCCGUGGAAACAGGAUGAAACUCACCAGUGAAAAGUUGCCCAAAAACCCUUUCUCUCUGUCUCAGUAUGCUACUAAACAACAGAAAUUCUUCCAGUGGAAGAAGGAAAAGCCUGAUUAUUACCGUCAUGCUAAUCUGGUGGAUACAGCAUUGCCAGUACCUGAAAGAAAGAAUAAAAAGGGGGAUACUAUGGCAUAUUUUCUAAGAGGUCAACUCUAUUUUGAAGAGGGAUGGUAUGAAGAAGCCUUGGCCCAGUUUGAAGAAAUCCAGGAGAAUGAUCAUCAAGCGAUUUAUCAACUAGGAGUGAUGUAUUAUGACGGGUUGGGGACGGUCUCAAAUGCCGAAAAAGGAGUGAACUAUAUGAAGAAAAUCCUCGAUUCUCCAUGCCCCCAGACAGCACACUUAAAAUUCGCUGCUGCUUACAACCUUGGAAGAGCUUAUUUUGAAGGGAGAGGUGUGAAGCGAUCGGAUGAUGAAGCAGAGAGACUCUGGCUGUUUGCUGCAGACAAUGGAAACCCAAAAGCCAGUGUGAAGGCGCAAAGUAUUCUGGGACUGUAUUAUUCGAUGAAAGAGCCCAAACAGUUAGAAAAGGCAUUUUUCUGGCAUUCGGAAGCUUGUGGCAAUGGAAAUCUGGAGUCCCAGGGUGCACUUGGUCUCAUGUACUUUUACGGUCAGGGAAUCCACCAGAACACGGAGGCCGCCCUGCAAUGCUUACGGGAAGCAGCGGAACGAGGGAAUGUCUACGCCCAGGGGACUCUGGUGGAGUACUACUACAAGAUGAAGUUUUUUACCAAGUGUGUUGCGUUUUCCAAAAGGAUAGCGGACUACGAUGAGGUUCACGACAUCCCCAUGAUAGCCCACGUCACGGACUGCCUCCCAGAGUUCAUCAGCAAAGGCAUGGCCAUGGCCUCUUUCUACUACGCACGGUGUCUCCAGCUUGGCUUGGGCAUUACGAAAGAUGAAGCAUCCGCCAAGCACUAUUUCUCCAAGGCUUGCCGUCUGAACCCUGCGCUGGCAGAUGAGCUUCACUGCCUGCUUAUUCGCCAAAGGAUUUAGACCACAAUGCAUUUCAACAGAGACCAUCCAUCCUAACCGGAAACAGCAUGCACGUGCUUCCAGCAGCUCCGGCUGUUAUUUUCUACACCCCCAUUCUAUUAUCCGGGGUAUUUUACAGAAAUGUCUCCUUCAUUCUUCUGGAAUUUGUACAAAUCAAACUUUAGACCCUAAUCGAAUUGCUAGAAAUAGUCCUCAGAGGGCCACCUCUUAGCCUAGAGUGGCCCAGACUGCCCUGAGUUUCAAAUAAUGCCAAGAGCAAGUGCCCCCUUGCCUUAUUAAAUACAGUGUCUGGAACGACUUAGUAAGAUCGAGUUUUGUGCUUUCCAAAGUACACAUGCUGCCAACUUAGUUAAAAACAUAAUUUGAAAGCUUAAUUCUUUACAUUUUCUUUGGUAUUUGUUUAAUUUUAUGAAUUUUGAUAAUUUAAAAAUGUUAUUGAGUCAUCUGAAAUUUUUCACAAAAUUAAAUGAAGGCCAAAAACAAUGUAAAGAUUAGACUUCCAAAUCCUUUUUGUAGAAAGUGUAUAGCGUUUUAUAACUUAUUAAAAGAUUUUUACAGAUAACUGGCUAAGCUGUAAUUUUAAAAAAAUGGAUUUAAGAAAUCACUUAGCAUCAUUUCCCUCCAAAUGUUCCCUCAAAGAUCUUAAUUAAAUGAGCAAAAACCAUUAUGAGCCCAGAUAAAUAUAAGAAUUACAGCAAUCUGCUUUUAUUUGUACUCAUUUUCUACAUUUAUUUUAAAUCUUAUAAACAUUUCUAUACAAGAUAAAAUAUGGAAAAAUAUAUCAUAAAAAUCAUUAACCAAAGGACUACAUCUAAAUACUGUUUUGUAAACCAGCCUGAGAAUGCUAUAUAAAAUAAGCUUUAGGUUAGCACACAAACAAAGACAUGGAUUCCAUAAAUGCGCUGCUAUACUUUGUUCUCACUCCUUUUCCCCCACUGCCCUCCCUCCCUGGAGUCCCCACAGCUAACUCUUCCUUCCCCAGUUAGUCUUUUGUGUGUGUGUGUGAGAGAGAGAGAGAGAGAGAGAGAGAGAGAGAGAGAGGGAGAGAGAGAGAGAGAGACCAGGUUUACAUAACAGCCUUGUCUGGCCUUUGUAGACCAGGCUGGCCUCGAACUCUCAAAGAUCCUCCUGCUUCUGCUUCCCAAGAGCUGGGAUUAAAGGCAUGCGCCACCACCGCCUGGCUCCCUUCUCCUUUCUUAUCACAAAUUUUCUAUGACUUAUUUCCUACCUCUCUUACGAUCCCUUCCUCUUCCUGUUGAUUCUCUAUUUUCGUGGGCUAUAAACACACACACACACAGAGAAAUACAAACAUUGCUCUACAAACAUUGCUCUA